AUGGACAUCUCCAGGGCCGGGAUAGAACCCGUUGUGGUCAAAUUCUAUCGACAGUACAUGCAACAGAUCAAUGAUGUCACCUUUCCGCCGGGUGCCCUUCUGGUGAAGCCGGACGUGCAAGACUGUCUCUACAAAUACUUUUUCGAUGCCUCUCAAAAUGAAUUUCUCCCUCCAGCGAGGUAUCAAGCCAAGAUCCUCAGACGUCUCAUUCAAGACAUCGAAAAAUCAUGCAAAGACCCUGAAGAAGAUCAAGUCUCAGAUCUUUUGAUGGAACAUAUGGGGUACUUGUCCACAAUUCUUCCCCAAAAUCCGUCUGAUGAAGUUCAACAAUUACACAUUCAUUCGUAUUAUCCCCCACUUCCGCUUGAUGAGCCAGGAGUGCAACCGAUCCUGAUCAACGAAGCACGAAAUCUACUCUCCCAAGGUAAUAACGUCGGACUCCGCACAUGGGAAGCUGCUCUCCACCUUGCAUGGUAUCUCGUCACCCGACGGCCUGACCUGGUCCAAGAUAAGAACGUUCUCGAAUUGGGUGCUGGAACGGGCUUCCUCUCAUUAUUGUGUGCUGGUCAACUCGAGGCCUCACACGUCCUCGCCACUGACGGCCUCGGACGUGUCUGCGAAAGUCUACAAGCCAACAUCGACUUAAACAGGGAACAUGACAUUCUUCACAGACGCAAACCACCAGAAGUUCGUCAAUUUGAUUGGACAGACCUACCGGAGCUCGAUCACAUCCUCGCAACUGCGAAACGGUCUUCAAUUCUGUACGACCUUGUCAUCGGAGCGGAUAUAACCUAUCAUCCCGACGUUUUACGACCGUUAGCCAAGCUUUUGGGUAUAUUAAAGGAUACAUUCCCAGACGUCGUCAUCUUGAUUUCCGUCGCCAUUCGCAGCGACACUUUCUCUCAGUUCAUCGCAAUAUGUCGAAAUGAAAUCAGGUUCAACGUCAGAGAACUAGCAUUCAAAAUCCCUGACGGACUACGAUAUUCUGGAUUUUUCCAUUCCGUGGCCACAGAAAUCAAAAUCAUCUCUCUAGAACGCUGA